CGGGCCAGGGGCCGGGCCAUGAGCUGCGGGGCCGCGCGGCGGCGGCGGCGUCUGGUGCUGCACGUGGACCUCAACAACACCGUGGUGGUGGCGGACACGGUGACCGGGCAGGGCCCGCGCGCGGCGCUCAACACCUUCCUCAGCACCGUCACCUGGGGCCGCGCCGGGGCCGCCGGCGAGUGGGAGUGGGUGAGCGACCGUCCGUCCCUGUGCCCGCCGUGCCCCGGCGCCCUCAGCUACUACAGCGCCCAUGGCCGGGACCCCGCCUUCACCGAGGCCGGGCCGGGCCGCCGCUUCCGCAGCCUCCACGCCCGCCACCUGCAGCUGCUGGAGUGGCCGGGUCGGCCGCACGACGCCUUGUCCGUGCCGGGAGAGCCCGGCGAGCGCUUCCACCUGAUCCUGCCCUCCUUCUUCCGGCUCCUGGACACGCUGCACCGGGAUGGCCGGGCCUUCGCCGUGGUCUUCAGGACCUUCGGUACCGACCUGCCCCGCGCCCUGCAGGCUGUUAGCAGUGCCCUGGACGGGCAGCAUCCCCAGUUCCCCACCUUGCGGGACGUGGCGCUCCCUGUGGACCUCACCCCUGGCCAGAUCCGCUGCAGCAAGCGGGAGGUGGUGCUGACAUGGGGCGCCGAGCGGCUGGCCACCCGGGAAGAUGGAAAAAAGCUUUACAACUACUUCAGCUCCUUUGAGGGAAUUGGAGGCUUCCAAGACCACUUUGACUGGUGGGCCAGAAAUAAUUUCUCUUCCCGGGGUGGGAAGCCUCUGUGGAUAGACCCCCACGAUCCUGACAUUCACCACAUCUUCAUCGAUGACAACAUCCGGCUGGACGAUGCAGACACCAUUGUCCACCCACAGGUGUUCUCGGAGCAGGGCAGCAGCAGCCCCAGGAGCGUGCCCACCUCGGAGCUGUACGACGUGUGCCUGGUGCAGACAGACCUGCUGGAGGCCAUUGCUGAUGAGGACUAUUUCCUGCGCUGCGUGAGGAGGUGCGAGGAGAACUACGACCGCUACCUGGCCUGCACGGAGAAGGACACCCCAAACCAGCAGUGGGAUGGACAGUGAUACCACCUUGUGGGGCCAAGCGGCUCCAGGCUGGGACACCCCUCACUUCCUGAUGCACACAGGCAAAGCCUCCAUGCCCAAACACAGCUCCCAGGAGCUUGUGUGGUGGGAUUCCUGGAGGAAAUGGUUUUCCAUUCCUUGGCAGCAUUGCCCAUGGUGGCCCUCCUGCAUGAGGGCUGGGGCUCACUGUGUCCCUCUGCUUGCCAGGCAGGUCCCUUCCAUCCCUCCUCCAUGGCUGUCAUCCAGCCUCACAGUGUUCACACCUCCCUCCCCACUCCCGCGGCAGUGGCUGGUGCGGAGCAGGUACCGGGGUGAGUGCAGUGUUAUCGGCAGCACCCACAGGUGCCAUUUCUGGUGUGGUGUUCUUGGCGGAUGCCCUGUCACUUCUGCCUGUUUUUAAAGCAAACCUUUUUAGCUCA